AUGGGGGUGUCCGGAGAUGGUCUGCUUGUGAGCUUAUCGCUUCCAACCCAAUGCUUAGUGUUCUCAGCUGAGGCAGUGGCCAUUCUCUACGUGGUUAAGUUACCGGUCAAUCGGCCUAUAUUAGUCGUAACUGACUCACACAGCGUGAUAUUGGCCCUAACAACACGGAAGCAUCCGUGGAUCCAAGGGACGGUAAAGCAUGCGCCGUCCAACACUGUAUCCAUGUGGGUACCCGGUCACUGCGGGGUCCAAGGGAACGUAACAGCUGACCACCUCGCCGGCUCAGGCCACACUAGACCCAGGUUCACCGGCACUGUAUCGCUCCAAGAUGUCAAAAAGUGGAUCAAGCGGACGGUUCGGAGAGCCUGGGACACCGAGUGGAGGAACAACAGGACAUACCACCUUCGGAAGAUCAAGGCGACCACCGGAACAUGGAAGGAUCGACCAAACCUAAGAGAACAACGAGUGGUGUCAAGGCUGUGCACCGGGCACAGCAGAGUCUCCCACAACUUCGGAGGAACACCGUUCCGGAGGAUCUGUGAAACCUGCGGAGUGCCAGCCACCGUAGAGCACAUCCUCGUGAACUGCGCGGAGCUGAAGGACCUUUGGGCUGCCUUCGGCUUGGAGUCAAGCAUCAUUCGGAACCUGUUGGGCGACGAGUCGCCGGCAGCAGCCGCCCUCAUCACCUUCCUAAAGGAGGCGAACUUUUACAACAAUAUCUGA